AUGAACACGCGGACCUACACGAACUGCGCGGGAACAGUGGCGAUCGCAGCGAUAUCGUCGGGCGGCCUCGCAGCGCCUAGCGGGCCUCAGCAGCAGCAAUUUGGCACCAGUUAUCCGCAGUUUUCGCCGUCGUCUUGCCUGCUCGGCAGCGGCAGGAUUAUCGAGGCAGCGGCUGCGGCAGCGGUGUACGCGCUGGAGCGGCCUGGAGCUGGCCCGGCACUGGGGCUCGCCAGCGCGCAUCACCAUCUCCACCAGCAGCACCAUCACCCUCACCCUCAGCAUCAACAACAGCUACAACAACAUCAGCAAUGUUACCCCCAGCACCAGCAGUCUCUGGCCCUCCAAGCGCUGAGCGGCGCACCCGGGGGAGCCGUCGCACUCGCCGCCUCCUCGUCGAUUGUUGAGCAGAGCCCGGCCACGAUGACGCCGACUUCGGCGCCGGCGGCCGCCGUCGCCACGGCCGCUGCCACCGCUGUCAGUCCCAAUAAUCCCAUGGCCAUGAGCCAGCUCGGCACCGUCUACGCCACCAAGAGACGCAGACGCAACGGCAAAAGCUUGAAGCCCGUGCAGAAGGAGGGCGUUACAAAGUCAAAUCCGUCGAAGCGUCAUCGAGAGCGACUGAACGCCGAGCUCGACACGCUGGCAUCGCUGCUGCCCUUCGAGCAGAACAUCCUCAGCAAGCUCGACCGCCUCAGUAUUCUCAGGCUGAGCGUCAGCUAUCUCCGUACCAAGAGCUACUUCCACG